GUUUUAGGGUUUACGAAAUCUGAAAAUGGCGAUGAUACAGUGGUGCGGCUCCGCAGCGAGGAGGAUGCUGAAGGCAACCGAGCAACGCCUGUCAUUUUCACCAUCGUCAUCUUCAUCGUCGUUGUCAUCGUUAUCGUCUUCAUCAAUGACAUCAUCACCGAUUCUGUGUGGCCGAGGGGACAAGAGGACGAAGAAAGGGAAGAUAUUCAAGGGAUCAUAUGGCAACGCCAGACCCAAGAGAGAGAAAAAAAUCGAACGCAUCAAGGAUAGGGUUGAGGUCCCCAGGUCUACCCCUUGGCCUCUUCCUUUCAAGCUCAUCUGAUUUUGCAAUAUUAAAUAAUUAAAGCCGGGGUUAGAUAUAGCAGUUUUCUGCUGUAUUUUGUGGGGAAAAAAAAGUAAUACAAAUUUGGUAUUUCCGUUUGGAGGGAAAUGUGUACAUUUUCUAUGGGAUAUUAUGCGUACAUCAGAAUAUCGGGUAUUUUUUGCUUUAUGCAAUAAUGGUGAUUUAUGGUUUAUUUACUGGAUCGAAGUGUUGCUUUUGCGAGCGUUCGUUUUCUCGUAGAAAGCUGUUAUCCUCAUCUGGUUAUGAACUAUAACACAAGGUGUUAAGCAUUCUUAGUUUUCCCUGUUGACUAUGAUUAAGCUACGCAGUAUAUUUGGCCUGUUGGCUAUCCUUAAGCUACGCAGUUUGUAGAAGUCACAUUGACAAUCUGCCAUUAGUCGGAGUAUGCUCGUGCUCGUAUGGGUAAACACACAGACCAAGAGGGAGAUGGAAACUUGAUUAACUUUUGUUCAGGAUGUAUAUGAACUAGCCGGUUUUUGAAGUUAUCCUGUAUUGGUCAUAUUAAGAGCCAUUGCUCUUGCUUUUCCACUGGAUGGAGCUGAAGUUGGUAAAUCCAUGUUUAGGCGUACAAUGUACCAGGCAUCUACUGGUAUGUAAUGUGUCCUUUUUGGCAUUGGGCUGUAAUUCUUGUUUCUUAUAGUGAAUAGAACUUCAAUUCCUUUUGGAUAAGUUGCAAUAAAA